AUUCCACUCUUUUUUGUCUUAAAUCAUCAUCAUGAAGCACCAAAAAUUACUCACAAAGUUCCUUUCUAAUCUCCUAAUACUAGUAACUAUUCUACUUCUUUCAACGACAACAUGGACCAUUGCACAAGAAGUUGAGGAUGAGCAUGAAUUUGAUUACAUAAAAGGGAGCAAAAAGGGUCCUUCACAUUGGGGUGAAUUGAAGAAGGAAUGGGCAGCAUGUAAAAAUGGAAGAAUGCAAUCUCCAAUUGAUAUGUCAAGUCACAGAGUGAGGAUAGUUCCAAAGUUAGGAAGAUUACAGAAGAAUUAUAAGCCUCAGAAUGCUACUCUCAAAAAUAGAGGUCAUGAUAUUCAGGUGAAAUGGGAAGGAGAAGCAGGAUCAAUAAAUAUUAAUGGGACAGAUUUUUUUCUACAUCAAGCCCACUGGCACUCACCUUCUGAACACACCAUCAAUGGGAGAAGAUAUGACAUGGAGGUACACAUGGUUCAUGAAAGCUCAAAAAGAAAUGGGAAAAGCAAGAUAGCAGUUGUUGGACUUUUAUAUAAAAUCGGUCGACCAGAUCCUCUUCUUGCCAAGUUGUCAAAAUACAUAAAAAGAAUGGUGGAUGUUGAAGCAGAAAGGGGUAUUGGAGUGAUUGAUCCUUUCAAAAUCAAGUUUGAUGGAAAGAAAUAUUAUAGAUAUAUAGGUUCUCUCACUGUUCCUCCUUGCACUCAAGGUGUUAUAUGGACUAUCAAUAAAAAGAUAAGAAGUGUGUCAAGAGCACAAAUGAAAUUAUUUAGAGAGGCUGUUCAUGAUCAUGCAGAGAGGAAUGCCAGACCGAUACAACUCCUAAAUAAAAGGGAGAUACAUUUAUAUGGACAAAAACCAAAGGAGUGAUUUAGCAACACGUUAACCUUUCUCCUACAGAAGCUAGUCUCCUGAUGUUUUUAGUAUUAUGUCUUGUUAGAUGUCAUUUUUCCAAUUCAUUUUGCAUUCUAAUGUUGUUUUUAUUGGAAGAAUACAUAUAAGUGUUAGAAAUAAAUCAAUAACAAUUGUAUUUGUAGAAGAACAUCAAUGUUAUUCCACUAGGUGUAGGAGCAUUGAAUCUGAGUUGAUUUGUGAAUGAUUUUCCUCCCCAUAUUUUUUUUUGGGAUUUAUCCAUUUAUAUAAUCCCUCGAGCCUCUCAGUAUUAAAAGUUCAUUGAGGAU